AUGAUCCCUUCCCUCCGCAAUGGCUUUAGUGCAGCUGCGCUUGUGGCACUGCUCUCCACGUUUGUGACGCCCGCCCAUACGCUCAGCAAGCGAGCUUACGAUCCCAAGGCGCAAGGCUGCACCCUCAAGUUCACUACAGGCCAACAUGUGGCAAAGACCUUCUCGUUCAAUCUCUUAUUCGAGGACGAAGGCGCAGACUUCAUCGUCUCUGCUUUGGCCAAUAUUCCCGAUAUCUCCAAGAUGGACCCGAGCGUAGUUCAGGGAGGCCUGUCGCCCACGAGAUUCAACGGCGCUUUUAUCCAUUCCGAGCCUUAUCAGAGCGCGUUGCCAUCCUAUUUCGAGAGGCUGACAGUUUAUUCGGGCACGUUGCCAGAGCGCUACAAUUUCGAAUUCGGCUUCAGAGAGCCUUACGGAAUCUACUAUGUCGAUCUCCAGGGGUACUACGUCGACGAGAUCGAAACAGAAGUGGAAGGCUACAGUAUGUCUUGUAAGCUCGGGGACAAGACACAUAAGAUCGCCAAGAAAUCCGACUUUGUUCCGUAG